AUGGCCUGUGCCUCGCUGAUGGUACAGACCGCUCAGCCCAUGUAUUUCCUCUGUUGGAUCAUCCGUAUCCCCUGGAGUUCGGCAUCUACAGACCUCGUAGAGGAAGCCUGGUCAGCAGGAUUUGAUCAAGAGGGCGCUGAACAGCUGAAGCGACACCUUGUCGGCACCGGAAAGUACAUUGGCACCGGAGAACUUUACGUCGCUUUCACAUAUCGCGGCAUCCCAUCACAGCUAGUCGACUUCGAGUUGAAGGAUGGUCCCGAGCCACUGCUGAAUUGGGUCCUGCAGUACUUCUCCGAGGGGACGUCUCCGCUGCGCGCAACAACUAGCAUGGAGGCAAUGCGCAAUGCUGUGUUAGUCACGGACAAGAUGCCACUAGUCCUCCAGCACGAUGGUCACUCCCGGACAGUCGUUGGCUGCGAGCGUUGUCCUGAUAAUUCUAUCAACCUCCUAGUCUUCGAUCCAUCAAGACACAUUCAAGCGGACAUACGCGCUGCGGGCUUGUCCAAUUGGAAGCAUGGGUCUGCGGCGGCGGACAAUCUUGACACACCGAGCGAUUCACAAAGGCAUGCUUCGGCAUCGAAGGUGCUGCAUGAAGCCGUGCAUCCCAUACGAGCUUUCAAAGCCCACCACAAACGGAAAGCGGAAGAUUCCCCAAGGGACCCGUCGGCGAAGAAGCCACGAGGGAGCCAUGCGCACAACGAUCAUGACGACGACCCACAUACCUAUGACGGCGGCGGAUGGACGAUCGUCGACCAACCCCCUUCUACACCGGACGCGGGUAAAGUCCUUAAUCUGUUCAGGCUAGGUCUGAAUCGUCUCAAACGAAAGAACAAGUACCAGAUCCUGUAUAUCCCCCUCACUGAAUCGCUCAACGAAGAGCAGCGCUGGUCUAGACGCGAUCUCACUUGUCUGAAGGUUGUAUAA